ACACUCGUUUGUAAGUGCCAAAUUUCUGCUUAUAUUUUUCCGACAGUAUCCGAAGGCAACAGUUGCGUUUGGGGUAACACGGAAUAUAGACGCUUCACACAAAACGGAAGCGUUCAUUUGGUUCAAUACAGAAGAAGGACAAUGGAAGAGAUAAAGACCGAGCCUGUGGAUUUUGUGAAGGAAUUCCAAGAAUACCUGACACAGCAAACCCAGCACGUCAACAUGAUCUCAGGCUCUGUUUGCGGAGAAAAAGAGCCAGGGGAGCCGUUUCAAGCCGUUGCGCCCAGGAGUGAGCAGAAUGGUCUGGAUCCUCCGUCUGUGGAGGUGAGCCUGCCAAUGGAGGAUGGGUCAGAUGUACAAAUGGACGGCCUGGAGAGGACCUGUGAUGGAAAGUACAAGUGCAGCUACUGCAGCUAUGCCAACAAGGGCAUGGCUCGUUUAAUAGAGCACAUCCGCAUCCACACAGGAGAAAAGCCUCAUCGCUGCCAGCUGUGUCCGUUUGCUUCAGCAUACGAGCGCCACUUGGAAGCACACAUGCGCUCGCACACAGGAGAGAAACCGUACAAAUGUGACCUCUGCGCCUUCCGCUGUAGCGACCGCAGCAACCUGUCGCACCACCGUCGCCGCCGCCACAAGCUCCUGCCCACCAGGGUUGUCCGCUCUCCUUUCUCCAACAAGAGAAUGUUGAGCUCCCUGCAGAAGAGAACAGGUUCACUGGGCUUCAGUAGGCGACUACUCAUCAACUUCAACUCUCCCUCCAUGGUGAUGCCAAAGUCGGAUUAUCUGAAUGACUUGUCUCACAAGAUCCACCACCAUUUGAAUAGCAGUGAGUAUAAGAAUCAUCCCAAGGUAGAUGAGAACGACACUCGCAACAGAGGUGCUAAUGGUUUGACUUUUAAUAACCCACUGGACCAGCUGUCUACACUUGCUGGCCAGUUAGCCGACCUUCAUCCUGAGUCCCAGACUCUUGCAUCCCCAGACAGGGAGUCCUUAAAAGACGAGAAGCCCAUCCUCAUACAACAGGUCUCUAGUGAACAUGUUGCUAUGUGUUCAAAUGAAGCGCAGACUUUACCACCUAAAAAUGAAUCUCCCACCUCAGGCCAUGGGAGUUGCAGUCCUGUUCCCGGCCUCGGUUUUGAGAGCACUCUUAUUGCAAGUUGUAGCAACAGCCAGCCGAGCACACCCACCCCUGGCCUGAACACACCGGACCAACAGCUCUUACAGAAAUGCCAGCACUGUGAUAUUCACUUUAUGGAUAACAUCCUCUACACCAUUCACAUGGGCUGUCAUGGCUACGAACAUCCAUUCCAGUGCAACAUCUGUGGUCACAUGUGCAUAGACAAAUAUGACUUUUCGUGCCAUUUUACCCGUGGACAACAUAAAAAGUGAUUCCAUAUAGCAACAUAGAUGCAUAUAAAGUCUUAGGUCCUUGUGUUUUCAGUAUGUUGCUUGUACAGCAUCUAAACAUGGUGACACUGAUUUACAUUUUUGUUAUGUACGGUUUACUAUUCCCUUUUUCCUUUUAUACUCACUGUACUGCAGUUCUACAUGGCUUUCAGCUUUUCCUAUUAGUUUUGGAUUGAUACUUACAAAGGGUGGACAAAACAACAGAAACAUCUUGCAACAGCUCUGCAGUAGAAAUACUAAUUGAAGGUCACUAAGUGUCAUUUCAACUCGUCCUACAUUCAGUAUUAGUUAAGGCAUUGUUACUAAUGUCCUUCUUUUCCAAUGCAUCUGCUUUUGUUUGACAUAUUAGCCUGAUAUUUUUUUGAUUUUGUUUUCAGUGUCUCAUUACUUAGCAGUGACCAGGAUUUCACUCAGCUCCUGUAGUAAAUCACAAUUACAUAGACAGCUUUAUGUGAGACAUUUAAAAUAAAUACCAACAGUUUUUAAACAUAAAUUAAAGGUAAACAUUAUGAGCUUCUCCAGCUCGGUAUUUAUAAUGGGGCUGUACAGUUUUUGUCCAGCAUCUGUAUAUGGCCUGUUAAUCUGAAUAUACACCAAAGUUUCCACCUCAGUUAAUAUUAGCUGGAUACAUUCCACUGUGAGAAACUAAAGUGGGAUGUUUAGAGACUGAUCGCUUAAUUGGCUAAUCUUCUGUUCAAAUCAUGAGUUUGUGUCCAGCCAAUUUAUUACAAUACUGCCUGCUGUUCUGAUAUUUAUUUAUACCUCACUCCGUAGACUGCAGCUGUCAGCCAAAUCAAUCAUCAAUAUUUUAUAGAUUUCAGUAUUGUUUUUUUCUUACUAAUUUAUACCCAUGGAGCAAGUCUAUAUUUAUAAGAUGUCCUGAGUAGUUUUGUGGUACCAAUUUUUAGUACAAAAUCUAAUUUCAGUGUAGCCACUUUUUGUGUGUAUAGUAGCAGAUACACUGUAGAUCCCUGUGACUCUAAGAUGUAAUGUAAAGUAAUGUUACUUUUUAUUUCAAUUAAUAGCUUUUGAUUUAUGUAAAUCCUGGUCUAAAGGAAAUACUUGUUUGUAUGUAAUUAUCUUAUUAUGGACAAAAAGUAAACAUUUGAGAUCAA